ACUCCUGCAGGCUAUAACACAUUCACCCACCCUGGAGUCAAUGAGAGAUUCUGUAGGGUGUUCACUGCAUGGCACAAGUACCUUGCAUUGACAGCAUCCACCAACAUCAUCCAUGAUGGAGCUGGUGGUUGGCUCAGUACUGCAGCACUCAAUGCCAUGGUUCAAAGUGCUGGUGGCACUCCUGAUCAGGAUAUGUUUGACAACUUCUUCAUUUGUGACACCAGUGACCCUCACUACAGGUUCAAAUCCUAUGAUGGGCUCUUCAUCAGGGAGUUGAAAGCUGUCCACCAUGCCAUGGUCUAUCCCAACAACCCAGUGAUCAUCAACUCUGCAUGCUCAUCUACUGUCCACAUGCUUUACUACAACCUCAAGAAGAUGGACAGAUUCUGGAUCAAAAAUACCCCCUACUCCCUCAACCACAUCCUCGCAGAGGAUGAGCUUGUUGACACAUUUGUCAACAGGACUCUUAUUCAGGCUAUGCUUGGAUCUCUUGACUACCACUGCUGGUGCAGUCCUGUGAAUGGUACUGUCAUGAAGACAUGCCUCAUUUCUGGUGUGACCCAUCCUAACCCACCACCUACCUACUACAUGGCUUGCUUAGAUGAUGGCCAUAAGGAUCUGGAUGAUGACUUUGUCUCAAACAUUUCCAUGCAUGCUUUGAUCUACAUCCAAGCUGAGGAGCGCAUUGGCUUGAUGUGUUUCAUGGGUGUUGGCUUGGGCAAGGUGUCGACCUGUAACAUUGUUGUCAAUGAGGGUCAGGAGCUCAAGAAGGGAGAUGAGCUGGGCCAGUUCCACUUUGGCAGAUCUACCCACUGUCUCAUCUUCUGA